AUGAGCGGUGGCCUAGACCACGGCGGCGAGGAUCCAGAGGGCUCGUUUGUCCAGCGUCUCGAGAAGCGUCGCCGGCUCGAGGCGCGAACGCCCCGCUACGACCUCAUCUCCAGCAUCCCGCCGACCUCGAACAAGGUCGAGCGGUUUUCAGCGUGGCGCGUACCACGUUUGCUCAAGAGCGCAACAGUCUCCAACGGCGGCGAGGAUCCAGAGGGCUCGUUUGUCCAGCGUCUCGAGAAGCGUCGCCGGCUCGAGGCGCGAACGCCCCGCUACGACCUCAUCUCCAGCAUCCCGCCGACCUCGAACAAGGUCGAGCGGUUUUCAGCGUGGCGCGUACCACGUUUGCUCAAGAGCGCAACAGUCUCCAACGGCGGCGAGGAUCCAGAGGGCUCGUUUGUCCAGCGUCUCGAGAAGCGUCGCCGGCUCGAGGCGCGAACGCCCCGCUACGACCUCAUCUCCAGCAUCCCGCCGACCUCGAACAAGGUCGAGCGGUUUUCAGCGUGGCGCGUACCACGUUUGCUCAAGAGCGCAACAGUCUCCAACGGCGGCGAGAAUCCAGAGGGCUCGUUUGUCCAGCGUCUCGAGAAGCGUCGCCGGCUCGAGGCGCGAACGCCCCGCUACGACCUCAUCUCCAGCAUCCCGCCGACCUCGAACAAGGAUCCAGAGGGCUCGUUUUUCCAGCGUCUCGAGAAGCGUCGCCGGCUCGAGGCGCGAACGCCCCGCUACGACCUCAUCUCCAGCAUCCCGCCGACCUCGAACAAGGUCGAGCGGUUUUCAGCGUGGCGCGUACCACGUUUGCUCAAGAGCGCAACAGUCUCCAACGGCGGCGAGGAUCCAGAGGGCUCGUUUGUCCAGCGUCUCGAGAAGCGUCGCCGGCUCGAGGCGCGAACGCCCCGCUACGACCUCAUCUCCAGCAUCCCGCCGACCUCGAACAAGAAUGGUGACUUCUGGGACGUUUCGACAGUCGAUAGCGUCAAUUAG